CGCCAUUUCUCCCUCCCCCUCUUUCUCUCUCCCCAGUCUCUGACCUGACCUGACCCCCGCACGCGGCCGGCCUCCCUUUCUCUCUCCUCCCCGUUCCCUUCCCGUGUCUCCCUCCCUCUCGUCCGAUCUGCAUCUGUGUUUUUUUCCCUCCUUCGUUCUCGGCAGUGUCAGGAUUUGUUUUUCUUUUCUCGUCGGAGCGGCGGCGGCGGCGGCAGCAAGGUGGUGGCGAGGCGGGAGAUUCAGGGAGAUCUAGCUCGAUCUGCGUCUGUUCUUGGAGCUUGAGGAGGACGCGGGGAGGAGCGAUGGCGGCGCAGGAGCAGGAGCAGGAUAAGCAGCAGGCCAAGACGAGCACCACCAGCUCGCUGCCGUCCAGCAGCGACCGCUCCUCCAGCUCCGGCCCCAACAACCUCAAGGAAGGAGGCGCGGAGAGCGACGAGGAGAUACGGCGGGUGCCGGAGAUGGGCGGCGGCGGCGGGUCGGCGUCGUCCGGCGCGGGGGACGGCAAGCAGCUGCAGCUGGCGGCGGCGGGGGGAGGGCAGGCCCCGGCGGGGAAGAAGCGCGGGCGCGCCGCCGGGGACAAGGAGCAGAACCGGCUGAAGCGGCUGCUGCGGAACCGCGUGUCGGCGCAGCAGGCCCGGGAGCGGAAGAAGGCCUACAUGACGGAGCUGGAGGUCAAGGCCAAGGACCUCGAGCUCCGCAAUGCCGAGCUCGAGCAGAAGGUCUCCACCCUCCAGAACGAGAACAACACGCUCCGCCAGAUACUCAAGAACACGACGGCGCACGCCGGGAAGAAGCCGAGCGGCGGCGGCGGCAAGGGGGGAGACGGCGUCAAGAAGCACCACCACCACUUCGGCAAGAGCUAGUAGUAGUAAGAGCUGCGACCAUGGUUGCUGCUUGCUAGGAACCGAACGCCUGCUCAUCUGACCAUUGUUAGGAACACUGCUGUUGUUGUUUGCCGCCGCAGUUUGACGCUCGUAUUGUCUUUUGCACCUUUUUUUUUCACGGUUUGCUGAGAAGGAUGUCUCACUGUCACUGUUGUGUGUACCAUGUCCAUUGUAGCUUGGUGUUAGCGAGGUUGAUCUAUGUGAACAUUGGUUGUGUAUUGUA